CACCCCCUUCUGUUCCAUUCCAGUAUUCUCGCAGCUAAUGCUGCUAGGAGGCAUUGGUGACGUUGUGUUUGUUAUGAAGUGACAUCACCCCGCUGCUCUCUCCUGCCUUGACGCUGGUCUUCUUUCUCACAUACUAUAGUACUGUAUACUUUACGGGAUCUUGCAGUUUUAACAACUGGAUAAACACUUAAGAUGGACAACGGCUUCAUGAACAUGGCGUCCAUAGGAGAAUUCGACCCUCUCCAUGCCAGUAUCCCGGCCACUAAAGUUGAGCUCACAGUGUCCUGCAGAAAUCUUUUGGACAGAGACACAUUUUCUAAAUCGGAUCCAAUUUGUGUUCUGUAUACACAAGGAGUUGGAAACAAAGAAUGGAGAGAAUAUGGAAGAACAGAAGCUAUUGACAACACUUUGAAUCCUGAUUUCGUAAAGAAAUUUAUGCUGGACUAUUUCUUUGAAGAGAGGCAGAACCUCCGGUUUGAUUUGUAUGAUGUUGAUUCAAAAAGUUCAAACUUAUCAAAACACGAUUUCCUGGGCCAAGGGUUCUGCACCCUGGGGGAGGUGGUUGGAUCACAAGGCAGCCGACUAGAGAAGCCUUUGGUGGGAAUCCCAGGAAAAAAAUGUGGAACAAUUAUUGUAAAAGCAGAUGAGCUGAACAACUGCAGAGAGGUAGUGAUGAUGCAGUUUUGCGGCAGUAAAUUAGAUAAGAAGGACUUCUUCGGGAAAUCUGACCCAUUUUUGAUCUUCUACAGAAGCAAUGAAGAUGGAACGUUUACCAUCUGCCAUAAAACAGAAGUAGUGAAGAACACACUGAAUCCAGUAUGGCAGGCAUUUCGAAUCCCAGUCCGAGCUCUCUGCAAUGGGGACUUCGACAGAACAAUCAAGAUUGAGGUAUACGACUGGGACAGAGAUGGAAGCCAUGAUUUUAUCGGAGAGUUUACUACAAGCUACAGAGAACUGUCAAGAGGUCAGUCACAGUUUAAUGUGUAUGAGGUGAUAAAUCUCAAGAAGAAAGGAAAGAAGAAAAAAUACAUCAAUUCUGGAACAGUAACAUUGCUGUCAUUUGCAGUUGAAACCGAAGUCACAUUCCUUGACUACAUAACGGGCGGGACACAGAUCAAUUUUACCGUGGCCAUUGAUUUUACUGCAUCAAAUGGUAACCCAGCCCAGCCAACCUCUCUCCACUACAUGAGCCCUUAUCAGAUGAAUGCAUAUGCAAUGGCACUUAAGGCUGUUGGAGAAAUCAUUCAGGACUAUGACUCUGAUAAGAUGUUUCCAGCUCUUGGGUUUGGUGCGAAGCUGCCACCAGAUGGAAGGGUGUCACAUGAGUUUGCCUUGAAUGGAAACCCUCUUAAUCCAUAUUGCUAUAGGAUUGACGGAGUAAUGGAGGCAUAUUACCAGAGUCUGAAGUCUGUGCAUUUGUAUGGGCCCACAAACUUUUCACCUGUCAUCAACCAUGUAGCAAGGUAUGCUGCCUCUGUGAAAGAUGGCUCACAGUAUUUUAUUUUGCUGAUUAUAACAGAUGGAGUGAUCUCCGAUAUGGCACAGACAAAAGAGUCGAUUGUCAAUGCCUCUACCCUUCCAAUGUCAAUAAUUAUUGUUGGAGUUGGACCAGCAGAAUUUGAUGCAAUGAUUGAGUUGGACGGUGAUGAAAUUAGAAUAUCAUCCAGAGGUAGAUAUGCAGAAAGAGACAUUGUUCAGUUUGUCCCAUUCAGAGACUACAUUGACAGGACAGGAAACCACAUCCUGAGCAUGGCUCGUUUGGCAAAGGAUGUACUUGCGGAGAUUCCGGACCAGUUCUUGUCUUACAUGAAAGCAAGAGCGAUCAAGCCGUCUCCUGCACCCCCUCCCUACACACCCCCCGUGCACCCUCUGCAAACCCAGAUCUGACCUUCCUAAUCGCCUGCCACCCCUAGCCCUCCACUCGUCAGAAACACUAUGUGCUGCACCUCUUUUGUCUGCUUGCACCGUGUAGACUGGAAUGACGACAGGACUCGAAAGCAUCUCUGAUGACAUGUUUACUUCCAUUUAAAGUUCUUCUUUAAGGACUUUAAAAAAUUGGACGGUACAGGCAGGUUUGCUUACAAAACUGGAUGUCUUCAUGAAUGCCUUGGAAAUAAAGCAGCUUUCCUUAAGGAGUUGAGGCUUAAUCCAAAAAAAAAAACAAAAAAAAAAAACAGGAAGGAAAGUCACAAAGGAACAACUCCUGAAAUGUUAAUGGGGGAAAAGGUGUAACCAUGUUUUAACAGUCUAACCAUGUUUUAACAGGAUUCCUAAUCCUGGACUGUUGUAAAUAAGCAUGGGAAUGCUUUUCCUCUAUCUCUUAAUGUUUACAUGUUAAUGAUUUUUACAGUGGAAUACUUUUAUAAUCAUACUUUAAAUAUAAACUUUGGAAUAAUUAUACUUCUUGUGUGUGCUACCUUGCAGAUGAAACUUACUAAAAAGUGAAACCAUAUCCCUUCUUUAGAGCAUUCUAGGCUUGGGCUGGGGGGGGGGCCAAAAGAGCUGCAGCAAGACCUGUAUUUAGAGCAACAUAAUCAAAAGGCUGCUGGUCUUGCUAUCAAUUCCAUGUUAUCUAAUGUAAAAUAGCUUGGACAAAAAGGUCAACAGUCUGCAAAAGUAGCUCAUUUAACCUCAACAUCCUCUUUAUACAGGUUUAACUGUAUUCUAAAUUAAGUUUUCUAAAUGCAUUUAAUAUCAACACAUUCUUAUAUAAUGUCUUCGUUGUAAAAUUAGGACUUUUAUGUAUUUUUAUUUUAAGAUAUCUGGGGCUAGAUUCUCAAGGCUUUUUUAGUCAGAAUCGUUCUUAAUAAUUAAUUUGUUGUUCUUAAAGAAAAAAAAAUACACCAAUUACAAUUUUACAAUUUUAAACCUAUAAGAAUGAAAUUAUUAUUUAUUAACUUUUUUUAGUUGUCUUUUUUGAGAAAAUCAUGUUAAUGAAGAUUUGGUGUAAAAGGCUUUGAACAUCUAGGCCAUGGAAACAUUACAUUAUAUAUAGAUGUUGUAUUUUCACAUAAAAUAUUAUGUUAUAAUAUUAUUGGAACAAAGGUCCCAAUUCACAAACGUGUCUUUUUUAAGUUUGUGUUUAAUCAAGUUUUGUAUGCAUUUUAAAUAUAAUUAGACUAAAAGAAACUGUUAAAAUUGCUUAACAAACUUUUUGACUGGAACUCUAUCUGAAUUGAAGACAUUGAGAAAUACUUCCAGGCAUAACAUUUGUCAAAUAAUGAAUGAGUUUCUUUUAUAAUUACUGUACGUACUACCAUUGAGGGUUUUGUAGUUAUGGAUGCAUUUUAAAUAAAUUAGUAUCAGCCUACAACGAUUUCAUUAUUCAAAACAGACUUAAAAAAGGUUACUCAUUUUAGUUAAAGCUUUGUGAAUGGGGCACAGGUUGUCUGGAGUUGCCAAAAGUGCUUCUUUGCUUCUUUGCUUUUCUGUUUAAACUAUGCACUGCAGUCUAAUGGAACAAUUUUUUCAGCCGUUCACCAUGGAUUUUUUUAUAUCAUAAACCUUCCAGAAAAAAAAAAAAAAGUUUUCAAAACUGACAUUAUAUAUUGUAUGAUACCUGGCCACUACAAAAACAAUUUUUAAACAAUUAAAUACAGUUGUAACCCCAAGGUUAUUGGAUCCCUCUUUCUAGAUUUGAUGGCUUUACAAAUCCAUAUAGUUGUGACCGUGUGAUGAUAAAUACAUUAUUUUUUUAUAUUGCUGCCUAGUUAGUAUUUAAUUGUGGAUCUCCAUCUGUAAAGUCUAGGUAGCUCCAGAGACAGGGAUAUUGGUUUUAGCAUAUGUAUGCUUUGCUGGUGUCACCUUAUUAUGUCACCUUGCCAUGCACACAAUGUGUGCAUGUGUGCGCCAAUCAGGUGAAUGUGCCAGAGAAUUCUAAUGCGCAGCCAUGUGAGUUUGUACACAUGAACUUUGUUUACUGAGAUAUCCAAAUAAUCCAUAGUAUGCUUGUGCAUCUCUUAUAGCGCACUAUGUUUUGCAUGUACAGUUUUACAAGAAAUACACCGUUUUUGUGAGUAUCGUGUCAAGAUACAAGAAAAAAAAAUAUUUAGUACAAAAAUGGCCUUAAAUUCUCACUGAAUUCUUGGAGUUAUGUAAUGCCUUCAGAUGUUGAAAAAAAAAUGGUUAUAUCUUUUGUGUCAGUGUUGAAUUGCUUUGUAAUGUAUCUUUUCUUUGCACAAUCGUAUGUACAAGAUAACCAAUAUAUUGUACUUUUGGAAAAGUGGCUUAUCAGAGGUUUACUUUUGAAAGCAUGACAGGGUGUAACUAAAAUACUACUGUUUGCCUGGUAUAAAACAACUAUUUCUGUAACAAAAUAUCCAUUUUUAAAUUGAUUAAAAAUUCUUACUAAACA